AAAUACUGGGCCAGUGACAAGAAACUCUGUUUUCACCUGCAACAGAGUAGUAGAGGGCUGUGCAGACGUCCGGAAUCAUUAUGAAAUUUACACAGAAGGGCUGUUUUGUAUGGAUUUAACUGUCAUUCUUGACAGAAGCUAACUAUCUUUGUGUAUGGCCACUCUAGGAAGAAAUAAUAAAAUUUUGCUGGAUUUGGUGCGGAAGCCAGGAAACAACUUGUGUGCUGACUGUGCAGCUCCAGAGCCUGAUUGGGCCUCGUAUACUCUUGGAGUCUUUGUGUGCCUGAAUUGUUCAGGGAUGCAUCGUAGUUUGCCCACUGUCAGCAAAGUCAAAUCUAUUCGGUUAGAUUACUGGGAAGAUUCACUUGUGGAGUUCAUGCAAGAGAGGGGAAACUCUGCAGCUAAAGACAUUUUUGAGAAGUGUGUCCCAGCCUUUUACUACAGGCCACAACUAAAAGACUGUGCCGUUCUCAAGGAUCAAUGGAUUCGGGCAAAGUAUGAACGAAGGGAAUUCACAGGAGAACAUGAAAACUUUCUACAAGCUUAUAACUCUGAUCUGGUUGAGACAACACUCUGGAAGAAGGGCAGAGACAACAAGCAGUUUCUCAAGAGGAUCUUCCUGCUUUCACAGAAAGAUUUCACCCUCAAAUACUUCAUUAAAGGCGAUUCCAAAGUUCCUAAAGCUUGCAUCACCAUGAAAGAUUUGAAUGCGAAUUUCCAACCUGAGAAGAUUGGUCAUAAUCAUGGUCUGCAGAUUUCCUAUCUGGAGGGUGAACGUACAAGAAACUUAUUUGUUUAUCACGAGGAUGGGCAGCCAAUUGUGUCCUUUUUCAAUGCCAUUCGGGCAACGCGCUUGGCAUACCUCCUGAACAUACACCCACGUCUUCAAAACAGUGAUUUGAUACCCCAGAUAACAAGAGAAUCCCUGAAGGAGGGAUACAUGGAGAAAACUGGCCCAACGCAACGGGAGCCAUUCAAGAAGAGGUGGUUCACGCUGUGCUUUAUGAACAGGAAGCUUCUGUAUUAUAAAUCUCCACUGGAUGCUACAGAGCUGGGUGCUGUUUUCAUUGGCACAGAGAACCAUGGCUACUCAGUGUCAGAGAGCAGUGGGCGGGGCACAAGGACAAGCCGGUGGCACUGUAGGAUCACACUGGAAACUCCAGAAAGGCAGUUUUUAUUUAUGUGUGAACACGCACAGGAGCAGAGGGAAUGGAUAGAGGCCUUCAGAAAAAUCAUCUCUCAACCCAUGACUUCAGAGGACUAUGCUAGUAGGACAAUGGUUUUCCACAGAUACCAUAUGAGGCCAUUUUCAGGCGGGGGGAUUGAUUUAGACAUGUAGACAUGUAUUAGCUGAGAUUCUGGCUUUAUAAAAAGCCUUUGAACAUAAGAAGAAGUGGAUCUUGAAAUGGCACCAGCACCAUGACAACAACUCAUCAAGGCACUCGUUUUCAGUGUACCGUGUACAUACUGGAAAAAAAUAUUGUAUUUAUUCAACUUUGGAUGUUCAUUUCUUUUUAUGCUUAGAAUUUAGUUUUCUAUUGAUAUUUUCUGUAUCUGUUAAAUUCAAAUUGC